ACUGACUUUUCUUACAAUAGAGAGAGAAGCUCUUCAUCAUCAAGAAGAAGAAGAAGUAGAAGAAGAGGGAAUCAUUUCCUUCGAUUUUCAAUUUGUUGUUUUCUCGCAUGCAGAAUCGUUUCGAGAAUUCCUUCUCUUGUAGGAGUUUCAUUACUUACUGAAGUAUUCGCCCUGUUAGUUUCUCAUUAUGAGUCAAGAUCAUCAUCUUGCCCAAAUUGGAGCAAGAAGAUGUAUAUCUGUACUUGCCCUAGUAUUUGCCAUCGUUUUGAUGAUACAGUAUUCUGAAUUUCCAUAUGGUGCUAUAUCGUCUGUUGAAACACCAGUUAGUACCUUCUCAAUGGUAAACAACUCCACUAAUAUCACAAACUCGAAAACUCUACUCAAUGUAACCAGUCGAUCAGGAGGAGGAGGAGGAGGAAUGGAAUUAGUUCCGAAGGAUAAACUUGUUUCGGAAAGGAACAAUGAAACAGAUACUUCUUUCGAAGGAGAUGAUGUUAUUGAUCCCGAGGAUGAGUCUCACUUCAAGAAUUUUACUCUUGGAGAUGAUCCAUUGCUUAAUUUUAGAGAUAACAGUUCUUUAAGUUUAGAUAACAGUUCUACCUCAAAUUCAUCUUCUAUGGUUAAAGAUGCUGAGAUUCCUUCCUUGCCAGACAACCAGUCCUCUAUAGCUAACUUUCCUCCUCCUCCUCCUCCUAUGAACAAAGGAUCUGCACGAAAAUCUUCUGCUGUGUCGAUAGCUGACAUGAACAAUCUGUUGCUUGAAAGCCGUGCUUCAUCAUUCUCAAUGAAACCCCAUUGGUCGUUGAAAGUAGAUAGCGAUUUGCGAAUGGCAAAGACAGAGAUAUUGAACACAUCUAUCGUACAGAGUGACUAUGAACUUUAUGCUCCUCUUUAUCGAAACAUGUCAAUGUUCAGAAGGAGUUAUGAGUUGAUGGAAUCGAUUCUUAAGGUGUAUGUAUACAAGGAAGGAGAAAGACCGAUAUUCCAUACACCAGUGCUCAAGGGAAUUUAUGCCUCAGAGGGUUGGUUCAUGAAGCAACUGAAAUCAAGUAAACAUUACAUCACUAAGAAUCCGAGGAAAGCUCAUCUAUUCUACUUACCUUUUAGCUCUCGAAUGCUGGAGGAGACUUUAUAUGUUCCUAAUUCUCACAGUCGCGAUAAUCUAGUACAGCAUCUAAAGAAUUAUCUUGACACCCUUGUGAAUAAAUACGAUUUCUGGAAUAGAACCGGGGGAGCUGAUCAUUUUCUCGUUGCUUGCCAUGAUUGGGCACCAGCAGAAACACGUAAAUUGAUGGCAUACUGCAUAAGAGCUCUAUGUAAUUCCGACAUAAAAGAAGGUUUCAAAUUUGGAAAAGACGUAUCUCUCCCCGAAACCUACAUCCGAUCGCCUCAAAACCCCUUAAAAGAUCUUGGUGGAAAACCGGCUUCUCAGAGGAAAACUUUAGCAUUCUUUGCAGGAAACAUGCAUGGUUAUCUUCGAUACGAGUUGUUAAAACAAUGGGAGAAUAAAGAUCCCGAUAUGAAAAUCUUUGGGAAAAUGCGAAAACCGACGACGAAAGGGCAAAUGAAUUACGUCCAGUACAUGAAGAGUAGCAAAUAUUGUAUUUGCGCCAAAGGGUAUGAAGUGAAUAGCCCAAGGGUUGUGGAGGCUAUAUUCUAUGAGUGUGUUCCCGUUAUAAUAUCAGACCGUUUUGUCCCUCCGUUUUUUGAGAUAUUGAAUUGGGAAUCGUUUGCGGUGUUUGUUCCCGAGAAGGAAAUGCCGAAUUUGAAGAAGAUUUUGAGUUCUAUUUCGGAUGAGAAGUAUUUGGAGAUGCAGAGGAGGGUAAAAAAGGUACAACAACAUUUUCUUUGGCAUAGUAGGCCUGUGAAGUAUGAUAUUUUUCAUAUGAUUCUUCACUCGAUAUGGUAUAAUAGGGUUUUAUUGACGUCGAAUGUCGAUUAGUAACUGUUAGUCACUGUUGCUUGUACACAUAAAUUUGUUACACGACGAAAUCCUUCAAUAUUGAAUUGGUUGAUUGUUGGGUA